AUGCGUUUCUCUACCGUAGCAGCUGCCUUGGCAGCGUCCCCAGCCCUCGUCUCGGCAGCGAAGGGUAGCCAAGGUUUCUCUCUUGGCACCAAGCUUGCUAGUGGCGCAUGCAAGACCCAGCAGGACUAUGCGGAUGACUUCGAUGCUAUCAAGAGCAACUCUGGUGCUACCAUUGUCCGCGGAUAUGCGGCCUCUGAUUGUGAUAUGGCGAAGAACUCUCUGCCGGCUGCAAAAAGCAAGGGUUUCAAAGUCGUCUUGGGUAUCUGGCCCGAUGUCGAGGAAUCCUUCAACAAGGAUCUCAAGGCCAUCACCGAUGUUGCCCAGGAAUACGCCUCUACGAUCUACGCCGUAACCGUCGGUUCCGAAACCCUCUACCGCGGCAACUUCACCGGCGAGACGCUCAAGGAGAAGAUCAACACCGUCAAGUCCCAGUUGCCAUCAGACAUCAAGGUCGGCACCGCCGACAGCUGGAACAAAUUCGCUGAUGGCACAGGCGAUGCCCUUAUUGGCACUGCGGAUAUUCUCCUAGUCAACGCCUUUGCCUUCUGGCAGGGCGCAUCCAAGGACAAUGCUACGCACGUAUACCUUGACGAUAUGUUCCAGGCCAUUACCCACAUCGAGAAGGUCGCCGGAGGCGCGGACAAGGCCCCUGAAGUCUGGACCGGUGAGACUGGUUGGCCCACAGCCGUAGGAACCGACUAUGGCCAAGCCGAGGGCGGUCUCGAGAACGCCGAACAUUUUUACCAAAACGGCUUCUGCUCGCUGCUCGACUACGGCUUCAACGCUUUCUACUUCGAGGCAUUCGAUGAGCCAUGGAAGCCUAAGUCGAUUGGCGACAACGGAAAGGCCGCAGAUGAGACGACUUGGGGCGCUAUGACUGCGGAUCGCAAGACCAAGUACUCGCUCAAGUGCUAG